UUUUUUGGAUUGGGGCGGACUCAGCUUGUUAAUUUCAUUUUGCGAGUUGAAUGAACCUCUGAACAAGUGGCAACAACAGCAUUGCAUACCCGAGUCUCUAACUAUGUACUUCCAUAGGGAGCGGAAUCUGCACACCGGAAGCAAGUGUAUCACUAUGACAUGGAAACAGAGAGUGGCCAGCUGAUGCUCUCAGAAUUGAAGUCCCGGCCUCGAAGUGAGCCCACCUACCCUGCAGCUGUGGAUUGGAGUGCUUAUGCCAGAAGUGUCAGGCCAUUCUUGUCUGAGCAGUCAAAUUUUCCUGGAAUGAUUUAUUUUGAUGAGUUCACCUUCCCUGAGCUUAAGAGAAACACAAGAAGUGACACAGUUUGCCAGCAGUGUUGUCACUUAACUGACAAGAUGUCUGAGAAGUGAACAGAUGAAGUGUAUGCACUAGGUGCUUUUGAUGGACUGCACACAGUAGGAGGUCAAUAUUACUUACAGAUAUGCACAUUACUGAAGAGUCAAACCACUGACCUGAGAACUUGUGGGGAGUCUGUGGGGUCAGCUUUCACAAAGUUUGAAGAAUUCUCCCUUGGUGGCACAUUUGCAAUGCGUUGUUUUCUCACAGGUCACUCUCCGUCAAAUUUCAAGCUCUCUGCCUUAGUUAUGACCCUGUACAGAGCACUGUUUGAGAAGGACCCUCCGCGCUUAAGGCAAGGACCUAGGAGACGAUCACAAUGCCCUCCCGCUGGCACACUUUCAGGAUUGCACUGGCAAAGAAAGGGAGAAAGAAAAAAUGCUUCACACAGUCGGCUGGUGUACCAAGUUGUCUUGGUGUACAAGUACCUGGUGGCCCCAGCCUCCUCACCACCCCUCAUCACCCAUGCAUCUUACAGAAGAGACUUCUGCUCCGUCUCUCUAACCCUGGGAGCUGCAGAAUCAGCGGCCGCUCUGGAAGUCAGUUUAGCUAAACUCAUUUCAAGAGGCAGUGAUGAAGGAGAUUCCAUAACGCAGAAGGUGGGCAUAGCCCCUAUCAGCCUGCUGAUCAAGCGGGCCCACGGAGUGGAGAGUUCUCAGUUCUACUUAGUGUCUUAG